AUGCUUCGAGCAUACCACUCCUCGACAUCGACUAUCAGUGAUCCAGAUCUAGAGGAAGCAAUGCGUUAUUCUUGUGGUACAAAUGUGCUGGUGGAUGCAUUCGGCUUGACACCCUUUCAUGUCCUCGUGACCUCGGCGAAUUUGAGGAAUCAAAUGUUGGAAUGUCUUAUCGAUAAUGGAGGUUUUGACGCACAAGGACGAAUUUGGAAGUACCAUGUUGGAUUACUUGCUGCGGAAUACAUUCGGUGGGAGACUCCCUUUGAUCCAAAUGGUCCUUGA